UAUCCGAAUGGUAAACGGACGCCAUUUGCGAUUUCUUGCUUGGCUGUUUCUGCUGGGCUUUGUCUCAACAGCAUUUGUCAUUUAUGUUUUGUGGAAAGGACCUGCAACUGGACGAUUUACUGGAGCCAGAGAGUUCCAAUCUGGUGAGAACAGAUGUCUCAGACUCUUCAAUCCAUGGAUUCAAACAGGAAAUAGACACGAAUUUGAGAGAACAGCUAAAGAUUCUCAAGACACUAAUGCCAGUCAUUUCCUUAGUGAGAGUACAACGGGAAAUUUUGAUGGUUACAGAUGUAUUCUGGAGAAUCGGACUCUGAGUAUGAAGUGUGACACUUGUGCUUUGGUAUCAAGCUCGGGACAAAUCUGUGGUCAGAAUAAGGGAUCAGAGAUUGACAGGACGGAUUGCGUAUUUCGAAUGAAUGCUGCUCCCGUGAAGGGAUUCGAAAUGGAUGUUGGACAGAAGACAAGUGCACGCAUUGUAGCAUUUAAUGCUUUUGGACUCAGCUUGAAAGCAUGGAAUCAGGGGAUGAAGUUUAUUGUGUGGACUAACAAUCGUCCACAAGAUAUCAAGCACGUCGUUUUGUAUGCAAAAUCUAAUAAGAACAGGGACAUUUGUAUGUCAACUAAAGAGUACAUUCAGCGGAUGGACAAACUGUUUGAGGAGGAAACUAAUCAUAGUCGAUAUGCGUCUCACACUUGGCUCUCAACUGGAUGGUUUGCAUUUGAUCUAUUGAGACACAUGUGUUCGUCUACUAGGAUCUAUGGAAUGAUUCCACCAGAUUUCUGCAAGAAGAAAAAUCAACCUCGUGGACCGUAUCAUUACUGGGACAAAACUGGUGAUGAAUGUGAUGUUUACCUUAGUAAUGAAAAGUCUGCUACCGGUUCUCAUCGCUUCUUGAGUGAGAAGAUCAUAUUUGCCAGAUGGGCUGUAGCAUCAAACAUGUCUUUCCAUACGCCUGAAUGGGAUCCUAAAGACUACACUAAUACUCGAGUAACACAGUUUGUGUGAAUGGCUCAGUAAUUGUUCUAGAGGGGUUGAACAGCGAGCAGCAUGUUUUAUGUAUGAGAUCAAGAUAUUCUAUGUAAAUGUUGGAGGUGUAUUGAUGUUAGAGCAUACACACAUGUACUAAAGUUGCGUGUAUAUACAUAUGGUUAUUUCCUAAACUGAU